CCAUUUACAUUCUACCAGUACGUUUGCUUUCUUUCGUAACACAGCCAAACUAAAAAGUGAUAAUUUUAAUAAAUUAAAUUUUACUUCAAAAGUGUAAUAAAACAAUAAUGGGUACUCGCAAAAAAGGUGCAGAAUUUAUUAAACAUAUAACAGAUAUUAUUAAAAAUUCAACUGGUUUCGAAAAACAUUUAGAAAAGGUUAAAAUAACCAGUGGUGGUGAUGGAAAAUGUUCAGCAGAGUUCACAGUAAGUCGUGAACAUCUCAAUCGUAUGGGUGGUUUACAUGGUGGUUUUACCGCCACACUCGUAGACAUGGUCACCACUUAUGCACUCAUGUCGAAACCCUGUCAUCCCGGGGUAUCGGUUAGUAUAAGUGUUGAUUAUCUUAAGGCAGCAAAAGAAGGUGAUGAUGUGCUCAUCGAUGCGAAUCUGCUAAAGGCGGGUAAGAAACUCGCCUUCCUAGAGUGUAUACUAAAACAUAAGAAAGAUAAUUCUAUAAUUGCCAAAGGUAGUCACACAAAAUAUGUUGAUUUUAAAUGAAAAUUCUAUAAGAUUUAAUAGCGAAAAUUAAAAAAAACUCUUGUUGAAGAACUACAAUGUUUUAAUCUUAUUUAAUUUUUA